AACAACAACCCUUUCAACCUGCGUUACAUCCUGGAAAACAACAAGUUAUCCGGGACCAACUUUCUUGACUGGGAGAUGAACCUCCGAAUCGUUCUUAACUGUGAGAGGAAACUCUACAUCCUCGAAACGGAUCCUCCCAAGACCCCUGAUGCUAAUGCUCGUGCGUCCGAACUCACUUCCUUCAAGAAGUAUGAGGACAACGCGCGAGAUGUAAAGUGUAUCAUUAUGGCCAGUAUGACCGCGGAGCUCCAAAGGCUCCACGCGGACAUGGAAGUGCGUCCUAUGAUACAAUGCUUAAGAGACCUUUACCAGGGUCAACCCCAAAACUCAG